CAGCUCGACUGCUCCCUUCCGCUUCCGGUGUCCCCUACACCAUGGCUGCCGCCGCCGCUGCUGCUGCCGGCGCUGGGGAGCCGCUGUCCCCCGAUGAAUUGCUCCCGAAAGGCGACGCGGAGAAAACUGAGGAAGAGUUGGAAGAGGACGAUGACGACGAGCUAGAUGAGACCCUGUCUGAGAGACUCUGGGGUCUGACGGAGAUGUUCCCGGAGAGGGUCCGGUCCGCGGCCGGAGCCACUUUUGAUCUCUCCCUCUUCGUGGCUCAAAAAAUGUACAGGUUUUCCAGGGCAGCCUUGUGGAUUGGGACCACUUCUUUUAUGAUACUGGUUCUUCCUGUUGUCUUUGAGACUGAGAAGUUACAAAUGGAGCAACAGCAGCAACUGCAACAGCGGCAGAUACUUCUAGGGCCUAACACAGGGCUGUCAGGAGGAAUGCCAGGGGCUCUGCCUUCACUUCCUGGAAAGAUCUAGAUUGUUACUGCUAUAUUUGAGCUGUCUCAAUGGGAGAAAUUUGAAAUUCAAUUAUGUUUGAACUGCUGAUUAUUUGGGGGGGGAUUUUUUUUUUAAACUGUGGCACACUGAUCCAAACCUGGUGGGAAGAAUUCUCCCCUCAUUGUCUCACAGAGGCUCCCAACUUUCAACUGUACCCUCCACGCUGUCCUCAAUGUUUCUUCUGUCCUCGCUCUGAUACCAGAAUGCAGCUAUGCAGACGGUUAUUCCAGCUCUGGCCACCUUACCCCUUCUAGUACAUUGCUCCUAACUCGAAGAUCUCCUCACUGUCUAUCUCAUUAUGGGGUAGAAAUGAUGCCCCACAAUGGGAGGGAAGGAUCCCUGACCAUUAAUGACUUUUGUUUCUUUCUUUCUUCUUUUUUUUUUUUUUUUAAAGGAGACGUUGAGAAGGGACAUGCACAUAUUAAUAUUAAAACUGACAAAGUGCACUGUGGCUGUCUUGUAAAGCACCAGGAAGCCCCAUGUAUACUGAAGGGAGGCUGUUUAUAGCUUCAGCCACAAAAUGGGGACAGUGAGUACGGAGGACAGAGCAAAGGCUCGUUUCCUCUGCACAUUUUGGCUAUUAGACUUGUGUGUAAAAAAAAGUCAGUGCUCACUUUUUGUAUUUAAAUAUUAAAAAUGAUUCCAACUCAAA